GACUGAAAGCAGAUGCAAAGGAGUGCAUGCAGUGCAGUCACAAUGCACUUUCCUUGUGUAAUAAUGAAGUUCUAGCGAUCGCGAUCACGUGACAAGUCACGUGGACGUAAGACUAAGAAGUUUCUGCUUGCCCCCAAAAAAGUGGAGGAGGGUCUCGAAUAUUGUAACUUAGUCUGGUUUAAGAGGUCAGAGAAUGUCUCGUUUAGCUGGAAAGGUUGCAGUAGUGACGGCAGCUGCUCAAGGCAUUGGAAAAGCCACUGCCCAGGCUUUUGCUAGAGAAGGAGCCACUGUUCAUGCAACUGAUAUUAAUCUUGAGAAACUGAAUGAACUGAAAGAUACAAAAGGUCUCAUCUUGAGCAAAUUAGAUGUCACAAACAGGGAAGAAGUUGCAAAGUUUUUGGCAGGAAUUCCUAAAAUUGACAUUCUCUUCAACUGUGCAGGCUUUGUCUUCAAUGGCACUGUGCUGGAUACAGAGGAAAAAGAUUUUGACUUUUCUUUCAAUUUGAAUGUCAAAGCCAUGUUUUUCCUUACCAAAGCUGUAAUACCAAAGAUGUUAGAACACAAUGGUGGCAGUAUAAUCAACAUGUCUUCUAUUGCAUCAAGUAUAAAAGGUGCCCCUAAUAGAUGUUUAUAUGGAGCAACCAAGGCAGCAGUAACAGGAUUCACUAAGGGUGUAGCAGCAGACUUUGUCUCCAAGGCAAUCCGUUGUAAUGCCCUCUGUCCUGGGACAGUAGACACACCUUCACUUCAUCAGAGGAUGGAAGCCACAGGAGACAAAGAACAGGCCAUGAAAUCAUUCCUUUCCCGCCAGCCUGCUGGAAGACUAGGCACCCCCGAGGAGAUCGCCAACACUGUAGUCUUUCUUGCUUCUGACGAGGCCAGCUUCAUUACUGGGGCAGAAAUCAAAGUUGAUGGCGGUUGGAGCAUCUAAGCCUAGAGAGGACCUUUGAUGAGGUAGACCAAGACUUGAUGAGGUCUAGGAUUUUAUGAGGACCAAGACCUUCUCGGAAUCAACUGUAAUCCCAUGAAUAAGUGUAUUCACAGCCAUCCAGUGUAAUGAGUAAUUUUUCCAAAUGUGUAUAUGUAUGAAAUGUCUGGAUUUUCUCAUUAAGAUGAUACAAUAGCUUGCCUAGAACAAGACAUCUUUUCAUGCAACAUAUAUGCUAAUCAGAUAUGAUUUGUAUUGGAAUUACUCAUGGUAGGUGAUUUCUUAACUGAAAUCUGUGAUUUAGAGAUGAAAUUUAUGAAUAAGUGGUAAAAUAUUCCAUGUAAUGAGCAAAACACUGGCACAUAGUGAAAUGCAGUGCUCCAAAGUGAAUAGAAUCUGUGGUUUGUACUUUAAAUGCUGCUUAUUGUAAUAUUUUUUUAAUUAGAAAUGCAAAAUAAAGUAAUAUAAGAUUUAUAGAGCGCAGGAACUAUUCAGCAACAGUAUGUAUUAUACUGCGCUAUUUAAGAAUUUCUAAUCAUAAUUUUGCUUGUUAUUGAUUAUCAAAUCAAGUUCUUGUUAAACAAGUACUAGUGAUAUGAAAGAUCCAUGUUUAGUGGUCUCAUCAAACAUUUGUGUGUGCUGAUUCUGAUUUCAUUAUAACCUUUCACAAGUCACCUUCAUUUUUCAGGAUAAUUACCUGAUAGUCUUCUCAUUUUAUACUGGGCUGGAGUUUCCCAUAAAUAGUAGUCUCCACAAUUUUAGUUUGUAAAUUUCAUGGUUACAUGGUUUUUGUUAUUUUCAUUUUAAGCCUUUUGAAAAUACCAGCGAAAGUGAUUUUAUUGUUCUGUCAAGUGACCUCCCCCAAAAAAUAAAAUGAUUGUUGAUAAAUGUUUCCUGUAUGAACAUAUCAGACCUUGCUCUAACCAUUUCUGAAGCCUGAUUUAGCAAUGGUCCUUUUUGCUUUGAACAGAGAAAUUUACAGCAAUGUCAAUAUCUUCCUUAUUGACAAUAAAGUUACAUGCCAACCAAGCCGUUUCAUAAAGCUGUUCACUGGUACUCUACAAAUGGUACUUUCGCAGAACAGGAGUGAGUCUUCUAGAAAAUUACGAUAAAUGAUAUGAAACUUGGAGUCAGAUGCCUGUUAUUAUCAACAAGUCAUUUAAUUCAUGUAAUUCAGCCUUUGGCUGCAAAUUGGGUUUCUUUUUAAUAAAUACCAUUUAUCUAAGAAUUAAAUCUCGAAAGAUAUGAUUGUAAAUCUAAUGUAGCCCCAAAGAACAAGUUGUGAGUCGUGUGUAUCUUCAGAACAGCUUUAUGAAACAUGACCCAGGUUCUAUGAAUGGUGGCAUGACAUUUGCUCCAUUUGUUCUGGUCUUAAUAUCACAGAGGGCAUAGGGUUAGAGUUAGGAUUGUAAUAGAGUUUUUUGGUUCAGAAUAAUGUUAAGAUAAGGUGCAGAUUUUCCAUCGGAGCAAAUGUCAUGGAACCCUAUAAGCCAGUUCGUAGUUCCGUUCUGCGCAUGAUCAAAAGAUUCUACGCAUGAUCAGAGGAAGGUCAUUUGUACUAAAGUGACAUGGUGGUUUAAAAUCUAAUGAGAUAAGCACCAAUUUUAUGUCUUGAUUAUUCAUAUAUUCUUUUGAAUUGUGGUUUUCAUUUACAUCCACAAAAAACAACAAUGCGUCCACGAACGACUGGCAUUUCACAGUUUGCCAAGUACAUCGUGCAACAUGCUAUGAUAUGCAUUCAAAGUAGCAACAAAUACCUUGAUAAAGUGUUCAUUGGUGUGCUAUUCUAGUCACCUGGUCUAUUCAAUUUUUUUCAUCCUGCUAUGCAAGGCAAGCUUUCGUAAUAUCUUGCUUUGAAAUCUGCCUAUCUUAAUCAAAGAAAUGAAAGGUCAUUUGAACAAAAUUGUCCAUGAGUAACUACGAACUGGUCUAUUAAACUAGUCCUAAUGAGUAGAUAAAAAUGCUAUUAUGUGGGUGUAAUUUUACUCUGGGUGUAUUUACUACUUGUGAAACCUGGACAGCUAUCUGCCCAAUGUAUCUCUAUCCUCGUGUAAAGCUUACCCCUGAUUAGCAUUUAAUAUACCACAUAUUUAUGGAAUGCCAUCCUUCAGUUCAUUCACCAAGUACAGAUGAUCUUACUCUGGUAGUGAAAAUUGUCCUAAAAAGGUUGCAUUGGGAUGUGAACAAAUGAUGUUAAUGAUUUAUUUUGUUAUCUUUCCCAUGAAUAUUGAAUAAGGAAGAUGAAAUUGAGCAUUCCAGAGAGGUGUAGAUCUGAAUUCUUUUUUUUAAAUUAUAUAUAUAUAGAUCUGAAUUCUUGUUUAGAGUGGACUUUAAUCAGGGUUAUCAAUGCCAGGGUUGGGCUCAAUUACUUUCUUCAAUUACAAUUACAAAAUUGAAGAAAUGUUCAAUUCUCGCUACCCCAAAUAGCGAUUUCGCCGAGAUCCGGGAAAAUCCCUGUAACGCGCAUUGCAUUAUGGGAUAGCUUUUCGGUAUUACAACUUCCUGAUCGGAAGUCCAAUGCACUGUUUUGCCAUUCAGAUCAACAGUGCCGUCAUGCAACGUCGCUUUCGCUCGGAAAGUUCGUGAUCACAACCCUCUCUUUCACAUUUUCACGUGAAAUAUAUUUUUUAUUUCUAUUUAUAAUUCAAAUGGAAUCAAAACUGACCAAAUUAGAUAAAACGUAUUAUAAUCUGUACAUAUUACGCUGAUUGGCAUCGAUUUCAGCGUGGUGGAAAACUCAGUAUCGCGAACCUCGCGCGAGCAUAACUCUGAACCGGAAGUGGUGAUGACGACCCGACGAAGUGAAAAUUAUCUCGUCUCGCGCAUUAUGAGAUUUUUGUUCCUAUUUGGGGUAGCGAGAAUUGCAAUAACUCUUCAAUUAAAUUACAUUUUUUUAAAUUACAAUUACCAAUUACUUUCGUCAAUUACAAUUACAAUUUCAAUUACUUUCUAGAAAAUUCAUAAUUGAAACCAAUUUUUAUUCUGUACAUAUUACCACCUAUUUCAACAUCAUUUUAAGUUACAGAGGAACUGAAAAGAUGAAGGUUAAGGUUAAAAAGCAUGGAUUCUGCCUGUUACUCUCUUUGAGGCUGAAGCAGUUGACGUGAAAAAGGUCAUGAAAUUAAAUCAUUAAUUAAUAUUUUUGUAAAGUAAUUGAAUGUAAUCAAAGUAAUUGACAGUACUUGAAGUCAAUUUCAUUUUUUUUCAAUUACAAUUACUUUCCUGUUCAAAACUUCAAUUAAAUUAUAAUUACUCAAAAAAAUGUAAUUGAUUACGUAAUUGAUCAAUUACCUUGUAAUUGAGCCCAACCCUGAUCAAAGCGAAAGAAAAGUCAGCCUCACAUAAGGCAACUUGUCAAUAGUCUGUGCUGUGUCAUUGAACAUGAAACCCGCUAUAAGGGAACUAUCUGUCUUUUCAUACUGGUUUUUCUACAUUCUAUUAUUUUUCUGUGAUGGAAUGUGAUGCUAGGUAGUAAGAAGCAGCUUGAGGAACCACUGUGGGAAAGACGCGGCUGUGACUUUUAACAAGGUGCCUUUACGAUAGGAAUGUUACAAAGCAACAGAACAAUUUGUGAUGUCACAAUGAAUAGUUACGGCAUAUUAGACCUGGCUAAACAAGCCAUUGCUAUUAAAGGGGAAUCCAACCCAAAUAAAAAAUUGUUUUUAUAAAGAAAAGAAAAAUCAGACAAGUUGAUAGGUGAAAGUUUGAACAAUAUUGGACAAACAACAAGAAAGUUAUGAAUUUUUAAAAGUUGUAAAUAUUGGUAAUCACUGUACCCAUGGAGACUUCAAAUUGGCCGCAUAUGGGAUGUCAUAGUGAUGUAAGGCAAGGACUACUCUUCCAUGUACUCCAAUUCAUAUUAUGGCGAAAAUGUGAUUUUUCCCAAAAGUUUUAUUUCAAAUUAAUAUUUUUCUUUCAAUGAGGACAUAAAACAAUAUACUACCUGGGUUAUAUUUAGAUUACUGCCCCAGGUGAAUGGGUACUUAGGAGAAAACCACUAAUCCCUGAUAAUAAAGUACAUGGCCUAUGGGAAAGUUGUCCUUGCCCCUUGUCAUAAUUUACUUAUCCAGUUGCCAAUUUGAAAUCUACAUAGUAUUAGUGAUCUCAAUUUUAAAGCAGCUAUAACUUUCUUAUUGCUUGUCCGAUUUCUUUCAAACUUUCACUAUUCUGUUUAAUUUAUUUUCUCCUUCCCAACACAACAUUUAAUGGCCAAGGCUGGAUUCCCCUUUAAUGUGAUUACAUUCCUUUAUGAAGAUGUUUAGUAAAGUAUCCAAAUAAUAAAAUAUUGGCUUGCUGGGUAUAAUUUUCACCAGAGUCAGCGUUACAUAGUGAA